AGGUAGUCUAAUGUGUUAGAAACUUUAAAGUGGAUAAGCGAGAUCUUCGAGGUUCGAAUCCCAGCCUUUCAUAUAAAGUGCAAUGUCUCUAUCCAUCGAGCUAAGCUCACGAGAACUAAUAUUUGUAUUAUAUUAACGUGGCAUAUGCAGAAUACAUAAAACUUAAUCAACAACUAUGGGGGAAAAUUCGAUUAUGAAAAAACUGACAACAUAGUUCGUGCAGUCAGAAGUUAGAUGAAGACAUUUCUAGCAAGCAAUAAAUGAAUAUGAUAUUAAUUUGUAACUUAAAUUCAGCUGAAAAGGGAAGGAAGAAGGAACAUUUGCAAGAAGUAGCUAUUGGUGUUCCUAGCUUCUUCAAUGUGUACCUUAAUGUUGUUAUGCUUAAUAUUAUUAUUGGGAGUUUCUUGUAUCGUGGCAACAUUAGAACUACCACCAAAUGUUACAUUUCCAGCUGUGUUUGUGUUUGGAGAUUCUAUCAUGGAUACAGGUAACAACAACAAUAACAUGAAAACAUUUGCUAGGUGCAAUUUUCCUCCAUAUGGAAAAGAUUUCAAUGGAGGUGUUCCAACUGGUCGCUUUGGCAAUGGAAAAGUUCCAUCAGACCUUAUAGUUGAAAUAUUGGGCAUUAAGGAACUUCUGCCUGCGUAUUUGGAUCCAAAUAUCCAGCCAAGCGAUCUCAUCACCGGCGUUUGCUUUGCAUCCGGUGGUUCCGGAUAUGAUCCUCUCACAUCCAAAAUUGCGGCAGCUAUAUCAUUGUCAGAUCAAAUAGAUAUGUUCAAAGAAUACAUAGGAAAGCUAAAAGGACUUGUUGGAGAGGAUAGAACAAAAUUCAUCUUAGCCAAUAGUGUUUUUCUUGUGGUUCAAGGAAGCAACGACAUUUCCAACACUUAUUUUUUGACUCAUGCUAGACAACUACAAUAUGAUGUUCCUGCUUACACUGACCUCAUGCUCAACUCUGCUUCCAAUUUCUUAAAGGAAAUAUAUGAAUUGGGUGCACGAAGGAUAGGAGUAUUUAGUGCUCCACCGAUUGGUUGUGUGCCAUUUCAGAAAACAAUUCUUGGAGGAGUGGAAAGAAAAUGUGCAGAAAAAUACAACGAUGUAUCCAAGUUAUUUAACACUAAAUUGUCAAUGGAGCUGGAUUCCCUUAACCACAACUUGCCCAAUUCAAGGAUGGUUUACCUUGAUGUUUAUAAUCCUCUUCUUGACAUCAUUGUAAAUUAUCAAAAUUAUGGUUAUAAAGUCGGAGACAAAGGAUGUUGUGGAACGGGUGAAGUAGAGGCAGCAAUAUUAUGCAACCAAUUUGCUCCUCCGUGUGAAGAUGUUAGGGACUAUGUUUUUUGGGACAGUUUUCAUCCAUCACAGAGUGUUUACAACAAGCUCGUCGAUCCUCUUCUUCAAAAAUAUAUGCACCAAUUCUUCUAGUUUUAUAUUUAUAUAAACAACUUCAUGACAUGUAUGUAGGGCUUACCAAUUUCUUGCAAAACAAAUUUAUUAGUUUUUGGUCUUCAAAAAAAAAAAAGAUUU